AUGACAUCCAACAGCACUGGGGAGGUGCCCAGCCCCAUUCCCAUGGGGGCUCUGGGGAUUUCCCUGGCCCUGGCAAGCCUCUUCGUCACGGCCAACCUACUCCUGGCCCUGGGCAUUGCCUGGGACCGCCACCUGCGCAGCCCACCUGCUGGCUGCUUCUUCCUGAGUCUGCUGCUGGCUGGGCUGCUCACAGGGCUGGCGCUGCCCAUGCUGCCAGUGCUAUGGAGCCGGAGCCGCCGGGGCUAUUGGUCCUGCCUCCUCCUCUUCUUGGCUCCCAACUUCUCCUUCCUCUCCCUACUUGCCAACCUCCUGCUGGUACACGGAGAGCGCUACAUGGCAGUGCUGCGGCCACUCCAGCCCCCUGGCAGCACUCGGCUGGCCCUGCUCCUCACCUGGGCUUGCCCCCUACUCUUUGCCAGCCUACCGGCUCUAGGGUGGAACCACUGGGCCCCAGGUGCCAACUGCACCUCCCAGGCUGUCUUCCCAGCCCCCUACCUCUACAUCGAAGUCUAUGGGCUCCUGCUGCCUGCCGUGGGAGCUGCAGCUCUUCUCUGUGCCCGUGUGCUAGCCACUGCCCACCGCCAGCUGCAGGACAUCCGCCAGCUUGAGCGGGCAGUGUGCCGCGAUGCACCCUCGGCACUGGCCCGGGCCCUCACCUGGAGGCAGGCAAGGGCGCAGGCUGGAGCCACGCUGCUCUUCGGGCUGUGCUGGGGGCCCUAUGUGGCUACUCUGCUCCUCUCCGUCCUGGCCUAUGAGCAGCGCCCACCACUGGGGCCUGGAACACUGUUGUCCCUCCUCUCACUAGGCAGCGCCAGUGCGGCAGCCGUGCCUGUGGCCAUGGGCCUGGGUGAUCAGCGCUACACAGCCCCCUGGAGGGCGGCUGUCCGAAGGUGGCUGCAGGUGCUGCGGGCAAGAGCCUCCCAGGGCAGCUCUGACCCCAGCACUGCCUACAACACCAGCAGCCAACGCAGCGUCAAUCAAGAUUUGAACCAGGGGAAGGGCUUCUGA